AUCCGACCCGAAUCUAACCAUCGCCUCAGUCGAUUGCUCUCUCGAUCAUUCCUUCUCUCUUCAUCCAGCUAUAUCGAGCAUAAACUAUGGCGACGGCGCUCUCAAAGUCCAACCUUUUCUCUAAAUUUCGCUCCUCUUCACAGGGCGCGGUUCUUACGCCUCGUCGAGGGUACCACAUCGAUCUGGGCGCCCGAGAGAAGGCGCUUCUGGAAGAAGACCCUGCACUGAAGAGGUUUAAAUCUUACAAGAGCACUGUGAAGAGAGUAUCAAAAAUCGGAAAUGGUCUUACAGCUCUUGUAGCUGCUGCUUGUGCCUAUGAGAUCUUCACGGUUGCAGCAAUGAGGAAGAUCUAGAGCUUUGUUGACGGAAGUCUGAAGUUCCAAUAAGAGAUGGUCCCAUGAAUGUCUUUUACUGAUCGGUUCAAGCUUCUCGUCACCCUGUUUCUUAACAGACCGUUUCCAUUGCAAUGUAGAAUAAACUUGUUCAUGUUGCUGUACGAGUGUUUGAUGCCAGAACUGUUGUCUGGACAAUCAACAUAAGAAGUGGCAGUAUUUUGCAUAGUAUUUUUCAUACA